UCUUUCCCGCCGCCGCUCCCCGCCCGGCCCCCGGCCCCCGGCGGCGGUGGCGGCGGGCCCCGUCGCGGCCAUGGCCCGGAACACGCUGUCCUCCCGCUUCCGCAAGGUGGACGUGGACGAGUUCGACGAGAACAAGUUCGUGGACGAGCCGGAGGCGGCGGCCAAGGCGGCGGCCAAGGCGGAGGAGCAGGAGCACGAGGAGGAGGAACCGGAGCCGGGCCCGGACCCGAGCGAGGUGGACGGGCUCCUGCGGCAAGGUGAUAUGCUCAGAGCUUUCCAGGCGGCCUUACGAAACUCUCCUGUUAAUACGAAGAAUCCAGCCGUGAAGGAACGCGCCCAAGGAGUCGUGCUCAGAGUCCUCACCAACUUUAAAAGCAGUGAGAUCGAGCAGGCUGUACAGUCGUUAGACAGCGAUGGGAUUGACUUGUUAAUGAAGUACAUUUAUAAAGGAUUUGAAAAGCCUACAGAAAAUAGCAGUGCCGUGCUACUUCAGUGGCACGAGAAGGCAUUAGCAGUAGGUGGAUUAGGUUCCAUAAUCAGAGUUCUCACAGCAAGAAAGACUGUUUAAAAAUUAUUAACUUUAAGCUCAAGAUGACAAGAACGGGUUGGACACGAGACGACGAUGGAACCAGCUGAAUGACAGUGGGCCUAUCUUUCUAGAAAUUACAAUCUAUUAAACUGUUUGGGAACACUCGUUUGCUGAAACGCUUUUUAUUUUAGAGGUGGAGGGAAAAAAAAAAUCACACGUCUUGCUCUGUGUUUUUUGAGAAUCUUCUGCAGGAUCUGCCGUCCCCUCUUCCUUUGUCUAAGUAUCCUACCGAAUGGACCGAAAAUGUAGAUUGUACAUCAGAGAGAAAGAGAUAAGCAAUGCCCAGGACCACCUACGAGUGGUUACGUCUUUGGCAGAGGCAGUAUUUUGACAAAUGUUGUGGAGGAAGGAGGGUUUGUUCAGGAAUAUUCUUUCUAGAGGUGGCGGAAGCUGAGGGGUGGGUGGGGGGGACUUGGUUUUAGCGCAAAGUGCCUACUGCAUCAACCGAGCUCUGGCCGCGUUACUUUUUGGUGCGUCUUGCGAAAGGGCCAUGGAUGUUGCCAUAACGAGACGGGUGAAUUAGAACUCAUCCCAGUGAGGAUCAGGGGUGUGGAUUUGUUUUUAAAAUCUAUGGAGCUAGUCCGUGGUUCACAGGCAUUCUUAUUUGAACAUCACAGCAGCUGCCGGGUAAGCAACACACUGAGUCUUGAUUCCUAAGCUGCAGUGGCGCCGGUUGCAGUCUGACGUUCUACCGAAUAUUUAUUGUUCCUUUCUUACCACGCCUGGUUUUUUCCUUGUAUGUACAUUUGGAAAUCUAAGUUAAUAAAGUGCCAAACGUAUUUAAUACACGG